CCCACCACCACAACUUGAUUGAACAACCUCACCUCACCUUACAAACCUUUCUACAACCAAGGAACAAGAAUCAAAAUGUCUGCUCAGUUCUCCGGCCGCCAAUCUCCACCCCCCGAGAGUCAAACAGGCGCACAAGAGAACUCCCCCCCGGGUUCCGGCCGCACAGACCCCAAGUUCGCCCCUCCGCCAGAGUACGCACCCAAGUCAAGCUCUGAGGGCGAGGGUCAAAGCCAGACGGCGGGCUUGAGCAGUAACCCGAAGCAUAUCCUGGAGGAUAUUGAGGCAGCAAAGUAUAAGAAGGGGACAGGAAAUUGACUUAAGGAUCGUGUUCUGAGGAUGAAUGCAUGACUUGACUCUAAUUAUACAUGAAUAUCACCACUUAAGAUGGAAUUGAGA